AUGGCACUUGCAAAACCAUUGAUCAGUACCCUUCUUAGAGGCUUCCAGUUCCUCUUUGCAAUUAUCUCCCUAGCCUUGGCAGGGUCUGUCUUAUCAGACUUGGGCUUCAAUUGGGAUAGAAUGUCAUAUGUGGUUGCUGUUGGCGUAUUGAACAUUGUCUACUUUUUCUACAUUUUGAUUGUUGUCCCAUUUGGUUUAAAUGGCCAAUCACCCUCAUUGGUGAUUUUGAUUGGUGAAUCCAUCUUUAUGAUCUUUUACCUUGCAGCAUGGGCAGCAACUGCAGACGGCUUUCCAACACACUGCGGUCGCUAUAGUGCAUUUGAUUACUACAACUACAAUGGGUUUGACUCUUCAACGUGUCGUGCCUACCAAGCAGUACUUCCAUUUACCUUGUUCAAUUGGUUUUUAUUUAUUGCAAGCUUAGUCCUCUUUAUUCUUUACACCUUGGUUCCACAAGUUAAGACUUUUGGCUUUAACAAUACUAUUGGAUUAACAAAUUUUCAUUUUGGAGCAAUCUUUUCUGACAAUGAAGGUUUAAGCAGAAAAAGAUGGUUUGGCACUUGGGGCAAGACAAAACGUGCAGAAGAUGUAGAUGAAGAAAAAGUGGUGGGAAAUGGCACAAUUCAACAAGAUUCAGAAACUAAUUAUCAAACACAAGACUCUUUGGCACCAGGAGAAGGAGGAGGAGCUGCUUAUACUACCACUACUAAUUAUCAAACACAGGACCCUGUUGCCAAUGCACCAGGUACUGACACUAGUGCUAAUUUAAAUGAAAAUGAAAAUUCAAAUUCAAAUUCAAAUGAUAAUACUCGCUUCACUACUGUAGAUGGUGCUAUUGCCCACGAACGUCCACAAGAAGGAUACAUUACCCACCCUUCAACACAUUCGUCUCCAAGUGAUGACUUGGACAACAAAUGA